GCCUCGUGCCGAGUCGAGACAUUUUCAGCGCUUCCCGAACAGAGUUUCGCGCACUUGGAGCUACGGGUACAGCAAUGGACAGAAAUUAGUCGGAGGCGUUUGGAAUGCGAGGAGCUUUUCACUGCAGUAAACACAUAUACAGAAAAGUGCACCAGUUGAGUAUAUCCAUGUGAUCAGCAGCACCCAGUUCAAGAACAUAUCAUUACCGCAUCUAGAAGACCCUCUCCAGAUUACUACCAUUUGCUACCACCCCACCAGAGCAGGUCCCAGGCAAGAGAAGUUGGCAAGCUCUCCCCAUGGCUGUCUUAUUCCUACCCCUUCUGUGCUUGUGUGGGCUCCCCAAGGCUGUUGCAGACAACAUCCAGGCCAUCUAUGUCGCCUUGGGGGAGACGCUGGAGCUGCCGUGCCCCUCACCGCCCACCCUGCAUGGGGAUGAAAUCUUGUCAUGGUUCCGCAGCCCUGCAACAGUCUCCUCUACUGUCUUAGUGGCCCAAGUCCAAAUGGUCAGACCAACUCCCUACUCUGGGAAGCUCCAAAGGGAACCCCAGCUCAAACUGCUGGGAAACUACUCUCUGUGGCUGGAAGGGUCCAAGGAGGGAGACGCUGGGAGGUACUGGUGCGCUGUGCUGGGUCAGCACAACAAGUACCAGAACUGGAGGGUGUAUGAUGUCUCCGUGCUCAGAGGAUCCCAGUUCUCUGCAAGGGCUGCAGAUGGAUCCCCCUGCUCUGUCCUCCUGUGCUCUGUGGUCCCUGCCAGGCGCCUGGACUCUGUGACCUGGCUGGAGGGGAAGGGUACUGUGAGGGGCCAUGUACAGUCCUUCUGGGGUGAUGGGGCUGCCCUGCUCUUGGUGUGUCCUGGGGAGGGGCUUCCUGAGCCCAGGAGACGUAGACCAAGAAUCAUCCGCUGCCUCAUGCCACAGAACAAAGGGAUCAGCUUUAACCUGGCAGCCUCCAUGGACGCCUCCCCUGCCCUCUGUGCCCCUUCCACAGACUGGGGUGUGCCCUGGAUCCUGAUGCUGUUGCUUGCAGUGGGCCAGGGGAUCAUUAUCCUAGUCCUCAGCAUCAUGCUGUGGAGGUGGAGGGUCCAGGGGUCUCAGGGCAGAGAUGCCUCAAUUCCUCAAUUCAAACCCGAGAUCCAGGUCUAUGAGAAUAUCCAUUUGGCCCAUCUCAGCCCACCUGCCCCCAAGACCAGGUGAUCUUAAUGACAGCUGCUGGGAAGUGUCACCUGCUGUCUCCUUGGUCAUCUGGCACCUGAAGGAUUCCCUGAAAACCUUGGCAAGAGGGGAGGGGCUGGGAGUGCUACUUCCCAGUCCAGCUGGUCUCCAGCAGCCAAACUAUGUUUUCUGUGUGUCUGUGUGUAUGUGUGCGUGCAUGUGUGUUUUAAGGGGCUGGGAGCUGAAAGAAAGAAGAAUUAUUUUGUGAUGUCACCUAUGAAAAGGUGUGGUUUCCUAUCUCGCAGUAGCCAGUGACAGGGUGGCCUGAGCCUGCAGUACCAUGGGAUGAAGGGAGCCUGGGGUAGCUGGCAAGGGCUGAGGAGGGUUGGGGAUGGGCAGAAAAGACACAGAGGAAUCCAGAGGCUGGAGCGCUGGGAAAGAAUCAGCUAUGGGGAACCAAAGGACAAAUGGGGGACAUUGAAGAAGAGAGAAGGGAAGAGGCUCAAGGCAGAGUAAGGGGAAAGAGACAGACAGAAAGAGAGAAAAAUAGAAGUACAAAGUGGGAGGAUGGAGGGACAGAGAGAAUGGAAAUAACACUCAACUUGCUUCUAAUUUAAGCCAGAUCCUCACCCCCGUCUCCUUCUCACAAAGAGAAGUUGAGAGAGAAUAAGCACCUUUAAUUGGACCCCAGACUUCCUCAGAUGGAAGGGGAAGGAAGGGGUCAGGAUGGGGUGCCCCCCCCCCACACCCCUCCUUAUCCUCAGCACUCCAUUGUGGCAUCCGGAGCAGGGAGCAGCUUGUCACCCUGACAUCCUGACAGCCCCACAAGUCACAUGCUCUCUCCUUAGGCAGCGAGAGUGUCCUCAGCGGUGGGUGGGUGGAUUCUCCGGUUGGGUGUGUAAUCUGGUUUGUCAGUAAACCAUGGACAAGUCUGGGCUGGUGAAGCGGGGGAGGACACUGGUGUUCCUUGUCUCCUGUGGCCUCCUAGCCACACCCUCACCACUCCACCAGGGGCCCUUUUGUGUAUCCAGUCAAGCUUGGGCUUCACUGGAGAAAGGGCCUUUUUGUGUAUCUAGUCAAGCUGGGGCUUCGCUGGAGAAAAGCUUUCUUGGAAGUCUCACCUCAGCCUUCACGCUGCAGUGGCUUAAGCUAAGCUAUUGGCAAGAAGGAGGAUGCCAAUGACAGAUGGAAGAUGAAGGGACAGUUAUUUUUCAGGUGCCAGCAUCCCAGCCCAACCCACCAAGCAGCUAUAGUUUGCUUUUAGAGAGAGAACGUGUGUGCUCGUGCACACACACACACACAGGCGUUUCCGGA